GGGGCGUGGCCUAGGCGGCGGCGGCCCCGCCCCCCGCAGUCCGGAACCCGCGCGCUCACUGCCGGAGGUGGCGGAGAUUCGCCCGCUUCUGUGCGCGUCCAUGGCCGCCGCGCUGCUCGCCGGGGCCUGCGGCCCCCUUCGCGGAGCUCUCCAUGCUCGGGUCUGGCGGAAGUUGCACACUAUCUACCAGUCUGUGGAACUGCCUGAGACACACCAGAUGUUGCGGCAGACGUGCCGGGACUUUGCUGAGAAGGAGCUGUUUCCCAUUGCAGCCCAGGUGGACAAGGAACACCUUUUUCCGGCUGCUCAGGUGAAGAAGAUGGGUGAGCUGGGACUUCUGGCCAUGGACGUGCCCGAGGAGCUUGGUGGUGCCGGCCUCGACUACCUGGCCUACUCCAUCGCCAUGGAGGAGAUCAGCCGCGGCUGUGCCUCCACCGGAGUCAUCAUGAGCGUCAACAAUUCUCUCUACUUGGGGCCCAUCAUGAAGUUUGGCUCUGCAGAGCAGAAGCGGAAGUGGGUCACACCUUUCACCAGUGGUGACAAAAUUGGCUGCUUUGCCCUCAGCGAACCAGGGAACGGCAGCGAUGCCGGAGCAGCCUCCACUACAGCCCGGGCAGAGGGCGACUCGUGGGUCCUGAAUGGCACCAAAGCCUGGAUCACCAAUUCCUGGGAAGCCAAAGCCACCGUGGUCUUUGCCAGCACAGACAGAUCGCUGAAGAACAAGGGCAUCAGUGCCUUCCUGGUUCCCAUGCCAACUCCUGGACUCACGUUGGGAAAGAAGGAGGACAAGCUGGGCAUCCGGGCCUCAUCCACAGCCAACCUCAUCUUUGAGGACUGUCGCAUCCCCAAGGAGAACCUGUUGGGGGAGCCAGGGAUGGGCUUCAAGAUAGCCAUGCAAACCCUGGACAUGGGCCGCAUCGGAAUUGCCUCCCAGGCCCUGGGCAUUGCCCAGGCCGCCCUCGACUGCGCUGUGAACUAUGCUGAGAACCGCCAGGCCUUUGGGGCGCCCCUCACCAAGCUCCAGGGCAUCCAGUUCAAGCUGGCAGACAUGGCCCUGGCCCUGGAGAGUGCCCGGCUGCUGACCUGGCGCGCUGCCAUGUUGAAGGAUAAUAAGAAGCCCUUCACCAAGGUCCACCCCUGCUGCGGGGCUGUGGAGUGGGGUGCUCCCCUUCAGGGGAGGUUGCUGACUGCCAUCCCACUGGUUAGGAGGCGGCCAUGGCCAAGCUGGCUGCAUCGGAGGCCGCUACAGCCAUCAGCCACCAGGCCAUCCAGAUCUUGGGUGGCAUGGGGUAUGUGACAGAGAUGCCCGCUGAGCGCCACUACCGUGACGCCCGCAUCACUGAGAUCUACGAAGGCACCAGUGAGAUCCAGAGGCUGGUGAUUGCUGGGCACCUGCUCCGCAGCUACCGGAGCUGAGCCUCUGAGGGACCAGUGCCCAGCUGGCAGCGCCACGUGCCUCACCUUGACUCCAGGCAGACCGUGGGCGGGCACCUGCCUCUGCAAGUUCCCCGGCUCCCUGCUCCACAGAUCAAAGUAAAUCUCAGGGAGAGGACAGGCCAGCCGCUGUGAGGACACAUCCAUCAUCAGCGUGGAUCCUGGGUCCUGAUGCCCCUUCUGACCGACUGUGCCUCAUUUUCUAACCCUGAGUGGCCAUGGCCUCCUGCAGGCAGGACCUUGGGAAGGGCUAAAUGACACAGUGACUCCCCAGUGCCGUCCUGUGGACCCUGCACCUGGGCAUGGAGACUCAGGAGGGACAGGCUGUCCUCAGGGUCAGGGCCCAGGAGGAGCAGGUGGGUGCCUUAGCAGCUGUGGUCAGGCCCUGGGGUCCCUGGCUGGGGAGAACUGCAGGGCUGGGUCACGGAGCCGCCUCAGGUCCGGGUGGGUACAGUGUGUGGCCUGCUGGUCAUGUGGGGACUGACUGCUAAUAAAGCCUACCUGUGCCCUCCCCGCC